CGCGAGCGCCAUAUUGACAGCGAGUGCUCGGCAGUGGUGGUGGCGGCUAGUUUUCUUCCUCGAGGAAAGUCUCGGUUUAGGUCUCCACUCUUCCCUGUGUCCCGCAGGAAUUUUAUAAAGUUCAGAAAACAUGUCUCGAAGAUAUGACUCCAGGACAACCAUAUUUUCUCCAGAAGGUCGCCUGUACCAGGUUGAAUACGCCAUGGAAGCUAUUGGACACGCAGGCACCUGCUUGGGAAUUUUAGCAAAUGAUGGUGUUUUGCUUGCAGCAGAGAGACGCAACAUCCACAAGCUUCUUGAUGAAGUGUUUUUUUCUGAAAAAAUUUAUAAACUGAAUGAGGACAUGGCCUGCAGCGUGGCAGGUAUAACUUCUGAUGCUAAUGUUCUCACUAAUGAACUGAGGCUCAUUGCUCAAAGGUACUUAUUACAGUAUCAGGAACCAAUUCCUUGUGAGCAGUUGGUCACAGCAUUGUGUGAUAUCAAACAAGCUUAUACACAGUUUGGAGGAAAACGUCCCUUUGGUGUUUCGUUGCUGUACAUUGGCUGGGAUAAGCACUAUGGCUUUCAGCUCUACCAGAGUGACCCGAGUGGGAAUUACGGAGGAUGGAAAGCAACAUGCAUUGGAAACAACAGUGCUGCCGCUGUGUCAAUGUUAAAACAAGACUACAAAGAAGGAGAAAUGACUCUGAAGUCCGCACUGGCUUUAGCUAUCAAAGUCCUAAAUAAGACCAUGGAUGUGAGUAAACUGUCUGCUGAAAAAGUGGAGAUUGCCACGCUAACAAGAGAGAACGGGAAGACGGCCAUCAGAGUCCUCAAACAGAAAGAAGUGGAGCAGCUCAUCAAAAACCACGAGGAGGAAGAAGCGAAAGCCGAGCGGGAGAAGAAGGAAAAAGAGCAGAAAGAGAAGGAUAAAUAGAAGGAGAACCGGGGGCUUUUGUAGCUCACAUGGGGCCGUUGCACGGCCCUCGCCACCCUUCUUCCCACCCUGAGAAAGCCCUCGCUUGUCCUCACCUGUGUGGGGAGACGCGGGUGGCACAGCUGCAUCGGGUCCUUGCCGUCUCUGUCCACUUGAAUCCUGUAACGGCGGUGGUUGGUCUGGGACGCCCUCGUCCCUCCUUGUUUUGGGCAAUAAAACUCGGAAAGAAUGGA